UGUGGGGGUGAUAUGGUUUCUGGCGCCCCCUGCAGUCCCAGAGUGCUCAUUGGCGCUCUCUUACACAAUGAGGAAGUUGUGAAAUCCAGAGAACGAAAACAGGAAGAUAAGUGUUUCCUCUGAGAGGGUUGUGACUUGUUUUUCAGUGGCGUAGAAAAAUGGCUGAUGCUAUGUCAAGCACUCAGGACCUUUUUACGUGUCCUGUUUGUUUGGAUAUUCUCAGGGACCCUGUGACUAUUCCAUGUGGACACAAUUACUGUAUGAGCUGCAUUAAGGCCUGCUGGGAUCAGGAGGAUCAGAAGGGAGUCUACAGCUGCCCUGAGUGCAGACGGACGUUCACUCCAAGACCCGUUUUAAAGAAAAACUGUGCUUUUGCUGAUGUGGUGGAACAGUUCAGGAAUACCAGAGAUGAAAUUGUUGUUCCACCUCUUGUUGUUGCUGGAGCUGGAGAUGUGGAGUGUGACGUCUGCACUGGGAGAAAACUCAAAGCUGUUAAGUCCUGUCUCGAUUGUGUGUUGUCUUACUGCGACACUCACUACAAAGCUCACAACGAUGUAAAUCCUGGACGAAAACACAAGGUGGUUGAUGCCACUGGUCAGCUACAGGAGAGGAUCUGCACCCAGCAUGAAAAACCUCUGGAAAUAUUCUGCCGAACAGACCAAACGUUUGUUUGUUUUCUCUGUAUGGUGGAUGAACACAAAGGCCAUGACACAGUGAUAGUGUCUGCAGAGAGAAAGGAGAAACAGGCACAUUUGGGCAAGACCCGGAAAAAAAUUCGGCAUAGAUUCCGGGGAAAAAAGGAGGAGCUGCAGCAGCUGAGGAAGGCCGUGUACAGUAUACUCUCAAGAGAAGAACUGUGUCCAAUGUUAUUGCAAAGAAAAGUAUUUCAAACAUGCAUGUCGUUAUGUACCCUAAAGUAUUCUCUUGAGUAUUCCUUAUUUCCCUGUGUGUAUUCCCCAUCCAACUACUGGUUGUGUGUCUCGUAUCAGAGUUCUGCACAGACAGCAGUGGACGACAGUGAGAGGGUCUUCACUGAGAUGAUCGAGUCCAUUAAGAGAAGGCGCUCUGAGGUGACAAAGCUGAUCAGAGGUCAGGAGAAGGCUGAGGUGAGUUGGCCUGCAGAACACCAGAGGCAACUGGAGCAGGAGAUUGCUGAGCUGCAGAGGAGAGAUGCUGAGCUGGAGCAGCUUUCACACACAGAGGACCACAUCUAUUUCCUCAAGACGUUCCAGUCAGUCAGUCAGCCACCUGAGUCUGCAGGCCUAUUGUCACAAGUAUUGACAUUCAGUGUGAACUCCUCUUCUGAGACUGUGAAGAAAUUUGUCUCUUCACUGAACGCUUUUAAGGCUUUUUGGAACGAGGAAUUCAUGAAAAUACCUGCAGCAGUGACUGAUGUGCUGGCUAUGUUACCGACUGAACCAAUAAGUGACGCAUAUUCAUGUCACUUAACACUGGAUCCUAACACAACACACAGCACCCUCCAUCUGUCUGAGGGGAACAGGAGGGUGGAGAGGAGGCAAGUGCUGCAGUCGUAUCCUGAUCAUCCAGAGAGAUUUGAUGGGUAUUCACAGGUGCUGUGUAGAGAGGGCGUGUCUGGACGCUGCUACUGGGAGGUGGAGCGGAGUAAUUGGGUUUAUAUAGCCGUCUCAUACGAAAGCAUCAGCAGGAAAGGAGACGGUGCUGAGUGUGUGUUUGGUCGUAAUGACCAGUCCUGGAGUCUGGACCUCCGCGGCUCCCCCUCCUUCUUCAGGCACAAUAAUAAAGAGACUAAACUCCCUCUAGUGGCCAGCUCCAGAAUAGGAGUGUAUGUGGAUCACAGGGCAGGAACUCUGGCCUUCUACAGCAUCUCUGACACGAUGACCCUCCUGCACAGAGUCCAGACCACAUUCACUCAAGCUCUGUAUCCUGGGUUUGCAUUAGGUUGGGAAUCUUCAUUGAAGCUGCUGUGAGCCACAUACAAGUAUGACAAAAGUUUAUCUGCACAUCCAUCAAAAUGUUACAACACACCUUACAGUUUUUGCCUAUAGGGCUCGGGAUCGUGAUGUGAAAACUUUGCGGGCAGCUGCCGUGUUGGCAGCCUCACUCCUUAGUUUACUAUGCGCCUUGUAACCGCCUGUUAGUGUGUCCCUGUUACUUAGUUUUUGCCUUCUUGGUCAUAUGUUGCUGUGUAGUGGGGCGUGCAACCCACGAUCGCAAGAGGAAAAGAAUCGCUAAUACUACUAUACAUUUUCUGCUUCUUGUCUUCUGCAUCUGAAUGAAUGGAUUAUUACGUUCAGUGCGCUUCCAACAUGGCGGCAAUAUUCCUAGAAUGCGACGCUUGUGCCCGAGCCCUAUUGCUAAAACACUUUUUUACAGAAUUUGGCCCAUUUUGUCAAAACUCUACACAGCCACAUAAGACAUUACCGCUUGGAGAUAGACAAGUCCCAUCUAUGCAAAAAUAAAACACUGCAAUCAAAA